CAUGCGUUUUGGUCCAAUAGAGGGUGAACGACUUCUCUUCUGUCGGUCAACAGUCAAAGAAGGCCUAAAUAAGAGAGAGACACCUGUUGCUCUCUCUCUCUCUCUCUCUCUCCUCUGCUAGUUGCUACUUUCGUCUUCUUGGGAUCCUCUCUGAAUCUAAUUCAUGGAGAGCAUCGUGCAAAAGCUGAGGAAUUUGGAUGCGUACCCUAAAAUCAAUGAGGAUUUCUUCAGCCGUACACUCUCCGGCGGUGUUAUCACUCUCUUCUCCUCGCUAAUUAUGCUCUUCCUCUUCCUCUCCGAGUUCUGGUUAUUUCUGCACACAGUAAAAGACACAAAGCUUGUGGUGGAUACUUCAAGAGGCGAAACUUUGCGUAUCAGUUUUGACGUUACUUUUCCUGUCAUUCCAUGUUCGUUACUCAGUCUCGAUGCAGUUGAUAUCAGUGGAGAGCAACAUCUUGAUAUAAGACACGAUAUAGUCAAGAAAAGAAUUGAUGGCCAUGGUAAUUUAAUACAAGCUAAGCAGGAUGGCAUUGGUGCACCAAAGAUUGAGAAGCCGUUGCAGAGGCAUGGUGGCAGGCUGGAACAUAAUGAAAAGUAUUGUGGUUCAUGUUUUGGGGCAGAAACGUCUGAUGAUGAUUGUUGUAACUCAUGUGAAGAAGUCCGCGAAGCGUACAGGAAAAAGGGUUGGGCACUGACAAAUGCAGAUUUGGUAGACCAGUGCAAACGAGAAGGUUUUGUCCAAAACAUAAAAGAUGAAGAGGGUGAAGGAUGUAAUAUUGAAGGGUCUCUUGAAGUUAACAAAGUGGCGGGAAAUUUUCAUUUUAUGCCUGGGAAAAGCUUUCAUCAGGCAUAUAUCCACUUGUUUGAUUUGUUGGAUUUACAAACACAUUAUUACAAUAUAAGUCACAAGAUAAAUAAACUAGCUUUUGGCCACUAUUUUCCUGGCGCGGUAAAUCCACUUGAUGGGGUAAAAUGGAUUCAGGAAACACCAAACGGUACAUACCAGUAUUUUCUCAAGGUGGUCCCUACACUAUACACCAAUAUUAGAGGCCACAAGGUCCACUCAAAUCAGUACUCUGUGACAGAGCAUUUUAAGAGUGCAGAAGUUGGACAUCUUCGCUCACUUCCUGGAGUAUUCUUCUAUUAUGAUUUUUCUCCGAUAAAGGUAACACUCAAAGAAGAACGUGUUCCAUUUUUACAUUUCGUUACACAUAUUUGUGCCAUUGUUGGAGGUAUUUUCACUAUUGCGGGAAUAAUAGACUCCUUUAUAUAUCAUGGUCAAAGAGCGAUGAAGAAGAAGAUGGAAAUUGGGAAAUUUGGGUGAUAUUUUGCAUGUGUUCCUCCAAUCACAUGGUUGGAUUUCUGAGGCACAUGUUUCAGGGUUGGUGUAUCAUUAAAUCCCUCGUCCUUUUUUAUUAUAGACAGAUAGACUGUUUAACUUAUGAGGCUUACUUUGUAUAGUCCACAGCUAGCAUUUUCCUAGGAUUUGUGAUAGAACCAUUCUUUCACAAGUUUGUUUUUUUUUGUCUCUUUUAAAAUGAAAAAAUCAUUUCAUAAGGAGCAUUUGAUCAAACGUUUAUGCAACAAGUAGGCUGACUAAUGAAUGAGCUUGAAUUUUGGCUCGAGUUUUUUCUUC